AUGUUCCUCCCGCCCUCGAGGCUCGUCCUGCGGGUGCUGAAUCUCCGCACGGGCUCGGCCCUCCUCUUCUGGCUGCUGGGCCUGGCUCUGCGCUCCUUGCCCCUUUCGGGGCAGAAGCCCGAGGACAAGUACCCCGUGGUGCCCACCAACUACGGGAAGCUGCGGGGGAUCAAGAAAGACCUCAACAACGAAAUCCUCGGACCCGUGGUGCAGUACCUGGGCAUCCCGUACGCCACGCCGCCCGUCGGCGAGAGACGAUUCCAGCCCCCCGAGGCGCCCGCCUCCUGGUCCGAGGUGCGGAACGCCACGGCCUUCGCCCCCGUCUGCCCCCAGAACAUCCACGGAAUGCUCCCGGGCAUCAUGCUGCCGGUUUGGUUCACCGAGAAUCUGGAGAUUGUGGCAGGAUACGUCCAGAACCAGAGCGAAGACUGCCUGUACCUCAACAUCUACGUCCCCAUGGAGGACGGUCCGCUCACGAAAAAGCGUGAGGAGGUGUCAACUAACAAUCCCUCUCCAGACGAAGAUAUCCGGGACAGCGGCAAGAAACCGGUGAUGCUCUUCAUCCACGGUGGAUCCUAUAUGGAGGGGACCGGGAACAUGUUCGACGGCAGCGUCCUGGCCGCAUACGGGAACGUCAUAGUCGUCACCAUGAAUUACCGGCUCGGCGUGCUGGGCUUCAUGAGCACCGGCGACCAGUCCGCCAAGGGAAACUACGGCAUCCUCGACCAGAUCCAGGCCCUGCGGUGGCUCAACGAGAACAUCGGCCAUUUCGGGGGCGACCCGGAGCGGAUCACCAUCUUCGGCUCGGGAGCCGGGGCCUCGUGCGUCAACCUCCUCAUCCUAUCCCACCACUCGGAAGGUCUGUUCCAGAAAGCCAUCGCGCAGAGCGGCACGGCCAUCUCCAGCUGGUCAGUCAACUACCAGCCCCUCAAGUACACCCGCAUGCUGGCCUCCAAAGUGGGCUGCGACCACAUGGACACGAGCGACACAGUGGAGUGCCUGAGGCGCAAGGCCUACCGGGAGCUGGUAGACCAGGACAUCCAGCCGGCCCGCUACCACAUCGCUUUCGGCCCCGUGGUGGACGGGGACGUGGUCCCGGACGACCCGGAGAUAUUGAUGCAGCAGGGCGAGUUCCUCAACUACGACAUCCUCAUUGGCGUCAACCAGGGCGAGGGCCUCAAGUUCGUGGAGGACUCCAUGGAGAGCGAGGAUGGCAUCUCGGCCAGCUACUUCGACUUCACCAUCUCCAACUUUGUGGACAACCUGUAUGGCUACCCGGAGGGCAAGGACAUCCUUCGCGAGACCAUCAAGUUCAUGUACACGGACUGGGCCGACCGGGACAACGGCGAGAUGCGCCGCAAGACCCUCCUGGCCCUCUUCACCGACCACCAGUGGGUGGCACCCGCCGUGGCCACCGCCAAGCUUCACGCCGAAUACCAGUCGCCCGUGUACUUCUACACCUUUUACCACCACUGCCAGACGGACACGCGCCCCGAGUGGGCGGACGCGGCCCACGGGGACGAGAUCCCCUACGUCUUCGGGGUGCCCAUGAUCGGCGCCACCGACCUCUUCCCCUGCAACUUCUCCAAGAACGACGUCAUGCUCAGCGCCGUCGUCAUGACCUACUGGACCAACUUCGCCAAGACAGGGGACCCCAACCAGCCGGUGCCGCAGGACACCAAGUUCAUCCACACGAAGCCCAACCGCUUUGAGGAGGUGGUGUGGACCAAGUUCAACACCAAGGACAAGCAGUACCUCCACAUUGGCCUGAAGCCCCGGGUGCGAGACAACUACCGCGCCAACAAGGUGGCCUUCUGGCUGGAGCUGGUGCCGCACCUUCACAACCUCCACGAGCCGCCGUACACUUCCACCACCACCCGCAUCCCGCCUUACGUCACCCGCUGGCCCACCACCCGCGUGGGGCCCAGCACCACACGCCGGCCCAUCCCCACCUUGCCGCCGGACGAGGAUGACGUGGUCCGCCCCCAGCGCUACGUCCCCUUCCCGGGCGACUCGCGGGACUACUCCACCGAACUGAGCGUCACGGUGGCCGUGGGGGCCUCGCUCCUCUUCCUCAACAUCCUGGCCUUCGCCGCCCUGUACUACAAGCGGGACAAGCGCCACGAACUGCGCAGCGGGCGCCGGCUCAGCCCCCAGCGCAACGCGGCCAACGACCUGGUGCACGGCGGCCAGGAGGAGGAGAUCAUGUCGCUGCAGAUCAAGCACUCGGAGCACGACGCCCACGACUUGGAGCCGCUGCGGCCCCACGAGAUCCUGCGCCCCGCCUGCCCCCCCGACUACACCCUGGCGCUGCGGCGCGCCCCCGACGACGUGCCCCUGAUGACCCCCAACACCAUCACCAUGAUCCCCAGCACUAUCACGGGCAUGCAGGCCCUCCACCCUUUCAACACCUUCCCCACCGGACACAACAACACCUUGCCCCACCCUCACUCUACCACCCGCGUAUAGUCGCCCUCCCCUCCGUGCCCCUCGGCCGGCCCA